CACACACACACACACACACACAGAGAGAGUGAGAGAGAGUCUCCUCCAGCAGAAAGCAGCAUCAGUCUGAGGAUCCUUCACACACAACAGAGAGGCUCUCGUCUGCUCCGUCCAUGGGCCGGUGUUCCUGGACUCUGGAUCUGCUCCGUCUCUGACCACACACUCGUCCAGGAUGAGCUGUAAGGUGGCGCUGUGGCUGCUGUUCACCGGUCUGCUGUGUCUCGCCUCCGCCGGCCGUAAGACCCGACCGCAGGGAUCCAUCCCAUCACCCUACAAGACCAGCUCCAACACCUCCGACCGGCGCGCACGCAAACAGGAAGUGCUGGCCUCCAGCCAGGAAGCUCUGGUGGUGACCGAGCGCAAGUACCUGAAGAGCGACUGGUGCAAGACGCAGCCGCUGCGGCAGACGGUCAGUCAGGAGGGAUGCAGGAGCCGCACGGUCAUCAACCGCUUCUGCUACGGCCAGUGCAACUCCUUCUACAUCCCACGGCACGUCAGGAAAGAGCAGGAGUCCUUCCAGUCCUGUGCCUUCUGCAGACCGCAGCGCUUCACCAGCCUCACCGUGGAGCUCCAGUGCCCUGACCUGCAGCCGGACGUCCGCUACCGCAAGAUCCAGCGCGUCAAGCAGUGUCGCUGCAUGUCCGUCAGCGUGUCCGAGUCUGGGAAACAGUGAGAUCCUGACCACGCUUCACUGGAAACACCUGCUGCUACUCUGAGCUGAGAGACUGCAAAGCUUCAGCACGUCAUCUUCAGACUGUCCUGCUGGACACCGGUCACUAUCAGUCACCACUGGUCACUAUUGGUCACAAAAGGUCUUCAUUGGUCACUAUCAGUCAUUGUUAUACACUAUUGGUCCCCAUUGGUCACUGUUGGUCUCCAUCCAUUACUGUUGGUCAAUAUGAUCGUCAUCAUUGGACACUAUUGGUUACUACUGUUCUCCAUCGGACUAUUAGUCACGACUGGUCUCCAUCGGACACUAUCGGUCACCACUGGUCACUGUCUGUCAUCAUUGGUCACCAAGGUCGUUAUCGGUCAAUAGAGAGUGUGUGGAAUCUGAAUGAGGUGCGAGAGAAGACUCUACGCUGAACUCUAGAGCUUCUGACCCCUGUGUGGUGGUCACUGAUAGUUAACACCAAACAUGCAUAACUAGACUGAUUAUAGAGAUUCUAUAGAAAUAUGGUACAGCAAAAGUAUAUAUAUAUGUAGAGAAACAACUUAAGUCUAUAUUAAAACUAUUGAGUUCUAUUCUCGUCUUCUGUUUUUUCAGGGGGUUCAGUCUGGUUUAUCUAAAGCUGACAUGGAAAGAUGUGGUUUAAUGCAGUUGGUUUUUAACCCUUGGUUAGCUGUUAUUUUGCAGUAGAGUUUGAUUUGCAGCAUUUACACAUUAUUAUGUUUGAGAUGUUCAGUGAUCAGUUCAACGCAGAUCCAAUGCACAUCUGCAGAUUUGUGAGGAAAACAAGUGAAUGAUAACUGUAACCAAGUUUCAUUAAUCGCUGUAAUUCAGAAUUAAGAGAAAAAGUCAUUAAUUCGCUUUUAAUUUAGAUCUCGUAAUUCUGACUUUUUCACUGAAUUGUGAGUUUAAAUCUGACAAUUUUGAGAUUAUAUCCUGCAAAAUGGAGGAAAAAAGUCAAAAUUGUGUACUUGUGAGAAAAGGUCAGAAAUCUUCUUAUUUAAAAAAAAAGUUGCAAUUACCUUUAUUCAUUUUUUUUCAUGGUAGAAACAAAGAAACAAUUCCAAAAUGUAAACUCAGAAUUGAGAGAUAAGUCAAUUAAGAUAUCAACUCAGAAUUCGGCCUUUUUGUUGCAAUUCUGAAUUUACAUCUCGCAAUGGACUUUUCUCUGAAUUUAAAAUUUGUGUCUUCUUGCAUGCAAAUGUCCUUUUUCUUGGAAUUGAGAAAAUUGUGAGAUAUAACAUUUAGAACUGUGAGAUAUUUUGCAAUUACCUUUAUUUAUUAUUUUUUGUUCUGGUCACAGAAACAGGCUUCCAUAAUAUAACCAUUACCUUCAAAGCGAAUUUGCAGAAUGUAACUUAAGUGCACUUACAAUAAACAAUGUUAUCGUCCGUCUGUGUGGACGCUAAUAUCAACCUUU